GUCAGGACGGGACUUUCCCGGUACCGCGGCCGGGGCGCGACGGCUGGGCUGGGGCUGGUGCUGGGAUGAAGUGAGAAGAAAUGUGGAGCAAGAGAGCGUGCUCAGAGGCUCUGCUCUGAUCCUGCCCCUUUGCUAGAAGUCACCGGUGGUUUUCCGCGGUCAGGCAGGCCUUGACCCCAGUGGAACCCCUGCCUGCGGUACUGGCAGUCCCUGUGGCGAUGCUGGGGCUGGACGGGUUGUUGAGACCAGCUUCUUCCUCCCCGGCCGGCGGCCGGCCCCGCGCCGACAUGGACGAGCAGUUCCAGCCCUGCCUGGAUGGGAUUGACUACGAUGACUUCAGUUUUGGCUCCCACAUGAUGGAGCAGAAGGAGCCCCUGAUUGAGACGGUAGAAGGUCCUUACCUCGUCAUUAUCGAGCAGCCAAAACAGCGGGGUUUCCGCUUUCGUUACGGCUGUGAGGGCCCUUCACAUGGGGGGCUGCCAGGAGCAUCCAGUGAGAAGGGGCGCAAGACCUAUCCCACAGUCAAGAUCUGCAACUACACAGGGAUGGCCCGGAUCGAGGUAGACCUGGUGACGCACAGUGACCCUCCCCGUGUACAUGCCCACAGCCUGGUGGGCAAGCAGUGCAACGAGGCUGGCAACUGUGUCACGAUUGUGGGACCCAAGGACAUGACAGCUCAGUUUAGCAACCUGGGUGUGCUCCAUGUCACCAAGAAGAAUAUGAUGGAGAUCAUGAAGGAAAAGCUGAAGCAGCAGAAGAUGCGCAACAGGAGCCAUCUGCUGACGGAAGCGGAGCUGCGUGAGAUUGAGCUGGAAGCGAAGGAGCUGAAGAAGGUGAUGGACCUGAGCAUCGUGCGGUUGCGCUUCACUGCCUACCUCCGUGACAGCAGCGGGAACUUCACACUGGCCCUGCAACCUGUCAUCUCGGACCCCAUCCACGACAGCAAGUCCCCAGGAGCUUCCAACUUGAAGAUCUCACGAAUGGAUAAGACAGCAGGCUCUGUACGGGGAGGGGAUGAAGUCUAUUUGCUGUGUGAUAAAGUUCAGAAAGAUGACAUCGAGGUGCGUUUCUACGAGGAUGACGAGAAUGGCUGGCAGGCUUUUGGGGACUUUUCCCCCACAGAUGUGCACAAACAGUAUGCCAUCGUCUUCCGCACGCCGCCCUACCACAAGCCCAAGAUCGACCGUCCUGUCACAGUGUUCCUGCAGCUGAAGCGAAAACGGGGAGGAGACGUGAGCGACUCCAAGCAGUUCACCUACUACCCAGUGGUGGAAGACAAGGAAGAAGUGGAGAGGAAGCGCAAGAAAGUCCUGCCUCAGUUUCCCCAGCACUUUGGCGGGGGCUCGCACAUGGGGGGUGCUGGCGGGGGUGCCGGGGGCUUCGGCUCUGGAGGAGGUGGGAACCUCAGCUUCCCCUACUCCCCUGGGCUGCCGUACAACAGCAUCUACUCACCUGGCCCCCACCCUGUGGGGAGCUACCAGGGGGGUGUGCAGAUGAAGGGCCCCGAGGCAGAGGGGCCCGGGAGCGACAAGCAGGCACCCGCAGACAGCACGUACUGCAAGGAGCUGCAGAAGCAUGCUCAGCUGUGCCAGCUCUGGAUGCUGGCAUUAGCUCGUCGCAAUGCCCAUGCCCUGCUCGACUACUCGGUCACUGCUGACCCCCGUAUGCUGCUGGCAGUCCAGAGGCACCUGGCCGCAUCACAGGACGAGAAUGGAGACACGCCUUUGCACCUUGCUAUUAUCCAUGAGCAGACAGCUGUGAUCAAGCAGCUGAUCGAGGUCAUUGUUAGCAUCCCCAGCCAGCAGAUCAUCAACAUCUCCAAUAACCUGCAACAGACACCGCUGCAUCUGGCAGUCAUCACCAAGCAGCCCCAAGUGGUCCAGCUCCUGCUGCAAGCUCGCGCUGACCCAACCUUGCUGGACCGCUACGGCAAUUCCCUGCUGCACCUGGCACUCCAGGCUGGCGAUGAAGAGGUGCUGAAGACACUGCUGGCCCACCUGGGCUCGGCUGCCCCUUACCUGCUCCACCUGCCCAAUUUCCAUGGCCUCCUGCCUGUGCACUUGGCUGUGAAGGCAAAGAGUUUGGCCUGCCUGGACCUGCUGGUCAGGACGGGAGCAGACGUGAAUGCAGCAGAGAGGCAAAGUGGGAGGACCCCACUGCACCUGGCUGUGGAGAUGGAGAACCUGAACAUGGCUACUCACCUGGUGAAAAAGCUGGGAGCAGAUGUCAACAGCCGGACUUUCGCCGGGAACACCCCCCUGCACCUGGCUGCUGGCCUGGGCUCCCCUACCCUCACCAAACUGCUCCUCAAAGCUGGGGCAGAUGUUCUGUGUGAGAAUGACGAGCCUAUGAGCUUAUCCUCGUCGGAAGCCAGCAGUGACACGGACACUGACCCCGAUGAGCAGGAGCUGGCCAUGGAGCUGGGGGAGCCAGCCCUGGCUGCAGAGCACAGCACCAACCCCAGGCUCUCCACACAGGGGCACUGGCAGGCAGGGCACAGGCAGCGCCGCUGCCACACAUCCCUGGACCUCACUCGGAGCCAGAAGGUGCGGGAGAUACUGCUGCAGGCCUCCCAGCAGGGACCCAAGGCAGAGCUGCCUACUGCUCCCCAGCCAGGGAAGGUCCUGUCACUGGACAGUGAGGCACUGCAGGGGCUGGAGCAGCUGCUGAACCAGGACUGCAGUGGGUCAGACUGGAUCGAGCUGGCCAAGCGCCUGGGACUCUGCAGCCUCGUGGAGACCUACAAGGACACCCCCUCGCCCAGCGUCAGCCUCCUGCGCAGUUACGAGCUGGCAGGUGGCAGCCUGGAGGGACUGCUGGAAGCAUUGGACUCUAUGGGGCUCCACAGCGCUGCGAGGAUGCUCCACAAAACUGAGGCACUGGAGAAGCUGCAAAGCACAGAGCUGAAGGAAGACAGCGCCUACGGCAGUGAGUCGGUGGAGGAGGAGCAGGAGCCCACGGUGGCCUUGAAGCCGGGGGCUGAGCUGCCCCCCAGCCAGCAGCCACAGGUGCACUGAGGAGCCAGGAGCCCCUGUGCCUACACACUGCCCUCUGCCUUGCCCACACAAGUGCCUUCUGGACUUGGGGUCCCGGCUGCAUGAACUGAGGGGGAUGGGACACAGCCGGCUCCUGCCCUUCUCUACUCUUAUUUAAUGGUCCCUCUUCUAAAUAAAAAUACAUAGUUUC